GGCGUGAUGACGUGAGCGGGCGCGAGUGGCGGCGGCGGCGGCGGGGGGUGGUGGCGGUGGAGGAGGCGUCUGCGCCAUGGCGAAGACCGUGGCCUAUUUCUACGACCCGGACGUGGGCAACUUCCAUUAUGGAGCCGGGCACCCCAUGAAGCCGCACCGCCUGGCGCUCACCCACAGCCUGGUCCUGCACUACGGGCUCUACAAGAAGAUGAUCGUUUUCAAACCGUACCAGGCGUCGCAGCAUGACAUGUGCCGAUUCCACUCCGAGGACUACAUAGACUUCCUGCAGAGAGUGAGUCCCACCAACAUGCAGGGAUUCACCAAGAGCCUCAACGCCUUCAACGUGGGCGAUGACUGCCCGGUGUUUCCAGGCCUCUUUGAAUUUUGCUCUCGCUAUACUGGGGCCUCCCUGCAGGGAGCAACGCAGCUGAACAACAAGAUCUGUGACAUUGCAAUAAACUGGGCAGGGGGCCUGCAUCAUGCCAAAAAGUUUGAGGCUUCUGGGUUCUGUUACGUCAAUGACAUAGUUAUCGGCAUCCUGGAGCUGCUCAAAUAUCACCCACGUGUUCUGUACAUUGAUAUUGAUAUCCAUCACGGAGACGGCGUGCAGGAGGCUUUCUACUUGACGGACCGUGUCAUGACCGUGUCAUUUCAUAAAUAUGGGAACUAUUUCUUUCCUGGUACAGGUGACAUGUAUGAAGUCGGCGCAGAGAGCGGCCGUUAUUACUGUCUCAACGUGCCUCUGCGAGAUGGCAUUGACGACCAAAGUUACAAACACCUCUUCCAGCCAGUCAUUAACCAGGUGGUAGAUUACUAUCAGCCCACCUGCAUAGUGCUGCAGUGCGGUGCUGAUUCUCUGGGUUGCGACCGCUUGGGUUGUUUUAACCUCAGUAUAAGAGGACAUGGGGAGUGCGUGGAGUACGUAAAGAGCUUCAACAUCCCCUUGCUGGUACUGGGAGGAGGUGGUUACACAGUCCGCAAUGUGGCACGAUGCUGGACUUACGAAACAUCAUUGCUUGUAGAUGAAGCAAUUAGCGAAGAGCUCCCAUACAGUGAGUACUUCGAGUAUUUCGCUCCAGACUUCACCCUUCAUCCUGACGUCAGUACGAGGAUUGAAAAUCAGAACUCCAGGCAGUACUUGGAUCAGAUCAGGCAGACGAUAUUUGAGAAUCUGAAAAUGCUGAACCACGCUCCCAGCGUGCAGAUCCAUGAUGUCCCUUCUGACUUGCUCAGCUACGAUCGCACAGACGAGCCUGAUCCAGAGGAAAGAGGCUCUGAGGAAAACUACAGCAGGCCUGAAGCUGCCAACGAGUUUUAUGACGGCGACCAUGAUAACGACAAAGAGAGUGACGUUGAGAUCUGAGGGCUCUGUUGUGGGACUCUGGACUAUGGGUGGCCCCGCUUUGGACGUUGCUGCUUGGCGCAGUUAACCGGGCCGCGUUGGAGCCAGUUAGCCCUCCCUUCGUAUUUGAUUGCCUGCGGUGGCAGCAGAAACACCGCCACCGCAGGCUUGUGCUACCUGGAGAGGCAGAGCGCGGUGAAAUGUGUUCCUUACUUCCCACCACGUGUCACGGUUCCAGCUGUCACCGCUCUGGGAAAUGGAAAAGCAACUAGCGGCUGAACCCAUACUGUGUACUGGCUGGCAGCCGUGCCGCUGCCUUCAGAGCCUGACCCGUGCCGGUUCCUUCACCUCCCGUAACUCCCGUGCGGGCUUCUGCCGCCACAGUGGGAGCUGGAGCGGUUGUGCCUACGAUCUCUGCCUCUCUUCAGCAGCAGCGCCCCGCUCUCCCCGGCCCUCCCAGUCGACUGUCCUCUAAAACCUGCCCUGAGAGUCGCUUCCUGAUGUCCCUCCUAACCAUCUGAUGCUCCACAGCUCAAGGAAAACUGUUCAAGAAGACGAGGCCGGUUGUGGGAUAGGGGUCGGGAGUGUCCCGGGAGCAGCUUGAUGGAGCAGGACGGAAGAAUGUACGCAGAGCUUACUCUGGUUUGUUCCCCUCCCGCUCAGCUUUGCGUUCCCAAACGAGUACUGCAACACGUUGCCAAGUCAGACCUAACUGCCCCUUUUUCUUUAUUCUUCGAGAGGCUAAAAUCACUGUGGAACAGAGGUUUGGCUGCCAAGGUCAGUACGUAGUGUGUCUUGCACCUCUAAUGUAGCUUCCAGAUGUGUUUUCCAAGGUCACACACGGCCUUUCUGUAUGCUAGCGAGAGAUUUGGGCUGCCCGCUCGGAGCGGCCGCCGUUCCCUUUUGACCGUGCCCAGGAGACGUCGCUCUGCUCGCGGGUGAGGGAAGCUGCUUCCUCCAAGUCCCGUCUUUCUCGCCCUCACACAGCAGAGAUUUCUCUCGGCCGUCACUCAAAUCCCAGAUUUCUGCUGCUCCUUUGCCGGAGUCGUCACCCUGGUACCUGUCGUGGUUUGGAGCGUGCCGCUUGGGGAGGCGGGGGGGGGGGGGGUGGUUCAGCCUCUGUCCGUACUGUUCUGUUUGUUUACUGAUGUCUUUAAACAUUAAAUGAAGAGGCAGUAUUUUUCUUACCAGACCUGUUGUUCGUCUGUUUAAUGCUCGCACCCUUCUGGCUCCUGUCCUCCCAAGGGUUGAGAAGGUGCGUAUCGUCCCUGGCAGGGUGGUGUCCGCCACCGUCUCACCUCUCGGAAGGAAUGGAGGGGGCGCUCAGCUCCUCCAAGCGUACGCUGGUGAGUUUUCAGCCUCAGCGCACCGUGAGGAGAGCGCCCCGAAUUCCCUCACAAGAGGACAGCUGGGCUGGUGGAUGUUCCCGCUUACGCCUCCGAGGCCAGUAAAAGCCUUGUGGGAAGCUGUGGAGCUGAUUCCAGAAACCUUCGUGCAAUUUUUCUAAAUAACGUGGUUUCUUUGGGUUGCAGUUUCCAUAAGAGUCUGCUCUUUGCAGUCGUGCUUUCCUAAAGCCUGUAUUAGUGACUAUUUUUCUUCAUUUUUAGACCUGCUGCCGUCUCGCUCUUCGCUUGCCCUCCCCAGGUCCAUGGCACUUGUCCUUUAUCAAAUAAGCUUGUAAUGGACUGCCUGGGUUGACGUUCCUCAUGUGGAAAACCGGGAGAGGUAGAAAAGAAACAGGUAUCUCACCUGAGAAACGAGGACCAGAGGGAGGCACCGACCUGAGCAGCUCUGCUGAUAGCUGGAGAUGAACCUGAGCAAGGAGAAGCAGCGGCCUCUGCAGGAGAAGGACGUGACCUUAUUCACCCGAGUCCUUUGAAUAAGUUGAAAGGAACGUACUACCUAGACAACCUCGCUAUUAUAAGCUGGCUGAUGAAUGUGACGCCCAGAUCAUCCAUUCAUCAUCUUGUACAGCGUAUGAGAAUGGACCUGACCCUGACUUCGGGUGCAAGCACCUUGACGUGAACCCUGAGCGGUGGAGCGGUAACUUGAUUGAUAAAACCAAAAUGGAGAAAAUUGAAGCCAGAGUGGUGGAACUGGAGAAAAAGAGUUUUGGCUGAUGUGGUCGGGAGAUGAUGGAAGCUGGGAUGGAGUGGAAUUGGUAAAGGCUGUUCCCGUCACAGCGGUGAAGCAGCUGCCUCCAGAGUGUGCCCGGUCUCCACUGAACUCAAGACUGACUGCACGGAAGAGCUGCAAAAAGAAAUGAAGAAGACUUUGAGGAGGAACUACUUGAUGCCCCUGAUGGAGAGGCUGAAAGAAGAGCCUGAAGACACCAAGAAAGAAAUGGCUUUGGGCUCUUCUUCCCUACCUGCAGCUUCACUUUCAGGCACUGCAAGGAACAUCCCACCACCACACCCCAUCCACUCCCAGGCACUGUUUCUGGAGUCAUCUCACCAGCUUCUCUGCUCCCAGGGUGUUCUAGCAUCCCACCGCCUCCACCAGGUGCACCUCGACUGCUUCCAUGAGGAUCAUCUACAAAGAUUCUCAGCCAGCCGUACAACUGUGAAGACCACAUUGGACUAAG